CGACUCAUCCACCACGGUCAUGUCCUCCGGUGCACUCAACGAGCCUAUUGCGGAUAGGGAGUCUAUUCACAAGUCGUGCAGGUCGCUCGAAGCCGUUGUCAACGUGCUCAAUGACUACUGCGAGGCCGCAAAUGCGAUCCUAACUCUGCAGCGGAAGCUCGUCAAGGCCUUGCGAGAUGCGGCGGCGGCGAAGUGUGUGCCUGAGAUACCAGGUACGGGAACCAAGCAACGAGACGUUAAAUCGCUGAAUGGUGCCCUAGCGAACGCGCUGAACGUGAGCGCGACCAUCUUCGACACGCUCUGCGAAGUGGACGCAAAGUUCGUCAAGCUCGCCGACAAGGAGUGCGACGCGGUCAGUGCGGAGGUCAAGAAAUGGUUCAAGAAGCUCGCUAAAGAAGAGCGUGCGUACGACGAUCGCCUCGCCAACGCCAACGCCAAGCUCAAGCAAGCCGGGCAACUGUACGAGAAGAAGGCCAAGAAGAACCCGCAGGACGCGGCCGACGAGCAUGCGCGUUACAUGAACAUCCUGACCACUCUGGGCCCCGAGAUCAACCAGGAGAAGUAGUCAGUACCUCUGUCAUUCGCACUUGUUACCGUCACUCACCCCCGGUCAGCAAUCACUCGCUUAUGGUGACGCGUAGGCAUCACUCGACGAUACACAGCUUGGCCGCCAGUCUCUCUCGCGUGGCGGACGCAGAAUGGCUUCGUUCCUGCGAGGGCGUGCGACGCUCUGCUCCUACCAUCGGACAGCUCGGCGAAUGGCGCGUCUACUGCGAGGGUGGAUGGUCAGGCCCGCUGCCUGCAGACCUACCGAACGACGAGGCUCCUGAUCGUCCCGACCGCUCUGUGACGCCGAUUGCCCAAGGACGCGCCGUGACACCGAGCAUGGAAAAGUCGCCGCAAGGUCCCAGUACUCCGAUGUUGGAGAAGCCUGCGCCCGAAUAUUCAUCGCGUCGUCCGAGCGA